AUGUUGAAUAACAUCAAACACUAUGCACAGACUGUUACCAAACUAUCAGAUCAUGAUGAUUCUUCAAUCGACAGAUUGAACUAUGUAAUCACAACAUCAAUUCUCCUUGGCUUCUCUCUUCUUCUGUUUGCUAAAAACUACGUUGGAGAACCAAUGCAAUGUUGGACUCCAAACCAAUUCAAUGAUGGCUGGGAAUCCUUUGCUGAACAAUAUUGCUUCAUUGAAAAUACUUAUUUUGUACCAAUGCAAGACUCAAAUCUUCCAGCUGCAGAUACGAGAGAAGAUAGGGAAAUGAUUUAUUAUCAGUGGGUGCCAUUCCUGUUGAUCAUUCAAGCUUUAUUUUUCUGUAUCCCAAGAGCGUAUUGGAUAAUUUUCCCAUCGUACACUGGACUUACAAUUGCUGAUAUGAUAACUGCUGCAAGAAAAAAUGGAAAACAGUUGGAGAGUGCAGAUAAGGCUCUGGAACAAGUCGCGUUAGUCAACUGGAGAGCUGAACAACAGAAAGGACACAACGGAUCUAGAAUCUUCAACUGUUAUUUGAUUAUGAAACUUCUGAUUCUGAUCAAUAUCAUUCUUCAAUUCUUCCUCCUCAAUUCAUUCUUGAACACUGCUUACACUUUCUGGGGAUGGGGAAUAUUUUGGGAUAUGUUCCAUGGAAGACACUGGCAAGAGAGUGGUCACUUCCCAAGAGUUUCAUUCUGCGAUAUCAAUGUUAGGGAGCUCGGAAAUGUGCAUCACUGGAGUCUCCAAUGUGUGCUGAUGGUGAAUAUGUUCAACGAAAAGAUAUUUAUUUUCCUGUGGUUCUGGUUUGCAUUCCUUCUCAUUGCUACCACUUUUGAUUUUAUUAUCUGGGUUUGGAGACGAUUUGACAAGCAGUCAAGAAUCGGGUUCAUCUUGGAUCUUUUGAACCAGGAAGGAAUUGACCAUUCCCCACAAAAGGCAAACGAAUUGUAUCAUAAUGUUCUCCGAGAUGACGGAGUUCUCUUCCUCCGACUUCUGGAUUCAAACAGCGGACGUCUGAAUUCAGAAGAGCUGAUGAAAAAGAUCUAUAACCUUUCUGUUGGAACUCAUGCUCCACACGCUUCAAUCGACAGUGAAAGCGAUUCAAACCAACAACGUUCAUAA